AUGCUUGGACACUAUAUGCCACUCUUACCCGUGAUCGCACAAGAGAAGCACGCUAAUUAUCUACGCAGGUAUUUCGCAGAUGUCCACCAGCUCGACGCCGACGAGAUCUGGAUCCAGAUCUGCGAAGGUGUCGAUGUUUCGUGGUUCAUUCGGGACUUCUUCUUAUCCUAUGUCAACAACUCCGUGCACGACCGACCAUGUCUCGGCCCCGACGAUUCUCUUCAGGUGCGAGGCAUCAACUCAGCCAUCACUGUCGACGGGAUGUGGAGAUCCCUGAUUGGGAUGGCUGAGGCUGGCAUCCUGCAGGACAGAAGGCAUGCAGACCCGACCAACGAGGACAAGUGGACAAGUGGACACUGCUGGAUCGAGGAGGAGCUGCCGGACCUCAUGGACCUGAACCGCAAACAAUCUUUCGAGAAGAAGGAAAUGACACCCGAAGACAUUAUGGUGCUGCUCGGCACAUUCUGGACGCAGGCGAGGCAUAUCCCUUGCCUCCCACAGACACGAGUAGCCUUCCACUGUGCCAUUUUCAUCGCAGGGAUUGGUGGAUUCCGACCCGGCGAGGUCAUGAAUCUAAAGUACCGCCAGGUCGCCUUCGAGCUUGUGCAGGAUCCGCGGGAUCCUCUGAAGCAAAGGCUUUCGUUCUGCGUUACUACUAUCCCUUAUUUCAAAUCCCUCGCUGAUAUCCUGGAACGGCCUAACCUCGGCCAGGUAGAUUCCCUACCUUUAUCCUGGGCCGCUGGCAUGGAAGACAAGGAAAUUAUACCCAUCCACUAUCCUACCUAUCUGGACCCCUGGCAUCGCACGCUACUUGUUGCUGGGCUGCGCGACGAUACACAACGUCCCUACUCGCUCCGUGUUGGCGCUGGAGGUCAAUUAUCUGGUAGUCUCGAGGAGCCGCCAUGGCGCGUCACCCACGACUUGGUCGCGACAGCUUUUGGCAGAGGCAUGGCCGGAGAUGUCGCCGACCUCUUCAAGUCUCUACGGCGCUUAUUUCUACAGCGCGACCCCGAUGCUCCCCUUUACUCUAUGGAAGCAGAUAUCAAAGCGCUUGAGAGCCGCCAGGAUCUUACCGAUCUCCGUGCCGCGUAUAGCGAUGCCGUGGCACGCACUUCGUCCGAUGACAAGGAUGCUAAGUGCGUAGCAGGCAAGAUUGCAUGGAUCAGGAAGACCCUGGCCAAGGAACAGCUGCGCAAGAUGAGAAACGACUAUUUCGAAAGGACCGACAGGGUUCGGGCGCUGGGCGAAGUAACUACACGCGCUGCAGACCACGGCACCAACCCGUUCAAGACUUUCGAUCCCAAGGGCGCCUUGGCCGCCGAGGCAAUCGGUCAAUUCGUACAGCGGUUGGAUAUCACUGAGCAUGAAGAAGGUGCUGUCAAACUUGUCACCUGA